CAGCUCGUCGCUCGCGCUCCCCUCGCCUCCUGCGCUUCCCCCGCGGCGGCGAUGCCAGCGCCCUCGCCAGGGCCGCGCCGGGCGCUGCUCGGUCUCUGGGCUGCCUUGGGCCUGGGGUUCCUCGGCCUCUCAGGUAAGAGUCGGCCCCGGCCGAGGAUGGGCAGAACCGGAUCGGAGUUCUCGGACCUAAGAAGCGGCCAGGUGCCCCUCCCGGCUCCGCUGCGCCUCGCUCCCACGCUUCUGCCUCCUCCUUGAGCGCCGGGUCCCCUACCGUCCCCUCCUGCCCCCAACACACAAUCCGAGACCCUGCUCCCUGACUCCUCGCGCGCCCAGGUAGGUCUCUCCCCUCUCCCCUCGAGAUCUUGGGCGUUCUCCCGCACCUAGCCUCGCGCCCUGGAUGCCCCGUCCCUCCUACCCCUCCCGGGGAGCGUCCUCGCUCUCUGCUGGGCACCACGCUCCACCAGCUGUCAUCUUCCCCACUCGCGGUCCGCGAACACCCGACCUCUCCAACUACAGUGACUCAGAGGCGCUGUCUCAGCUCCACCCGGAGCCCUGGCAACCGGGUCCAUCGCUUGUUCCCGCGGUCCUUUCCAGGCGUCCAGCCCCGCACCCUCUCUCCAUGUUCUUCUCCCGGCUUUGGGGUUCCCUCUUAUGCUUGACCAGCCUCAUCUCUCCUUUGCCCUUGCCCCAAUCUCAGUCUUCCGUCCCCAUCGUGAUCUGCUAGGAUCCUACGAACCGGUUCGGUUCCCUUCCCCCAGUCGGGGUCCCCGGCUCCCAACGUUGCUGUGUGCACCGAAAACUCCAUCUUUCCUCUUGUCUCCCCCCUCCUUCCCCUAUGCUUUUCCGCCACUCCAUCGGUGCCUUGGAGACCGGGGCUCUCCGCUGCCGUGUCCCAAAGACACCCUCGAGCACCAACUGCCCCCGGCCGGAGCGCGGCGGCCUGGAGACGUCGCUGCGCCGGAACGGGACCCAGAGGGGUCUGCGCUGGCUGGCGCGGCAGCUAGUGGACAUCCGCGAGCCGGAGACCCAGCCCGUUUGCUUCUUCCGCUGCGCGCGGCGCACGCUGCAGGCGCGUGGGCUCAUCCGCACCUUCCAGAGGCCGGAUCGCGUAGAGCUGGUGCCGCUGCCCGCCUGGCAACGCGUGGGCGAGAACUUCACCCUGAGCUGUAGGGUCCCCGGCGCGGGGCCCCGUGCGAGCCUCACUCUGACCCUGCUGCGGGGCGUCCAGGAGCUGAUCCGCCGCAGCUUCGCCGGGGAGCCGCCCCGAGCGCGGGGCGCGGUGCUCACGGCCACGGCCCUGGCGCGAAGGGAGGACCACGGGGCCAAUUUCUCGUGUCGCGCUGAGCUGGACCUGCGGCCGCACGGACUGGGGCUGUUUGAAAACAGCUCCGCCCCCAGACAGCUCCGGACCUUCGUCCUGUCCCCGGACCCCCCGCGCCUAGCCGCUCCCCGGCUCUUGGAGGUGGGCUCCGAAAGUCCGGUGAGCUGCGCCCUGGACGGGUUGUUCCCGGCCUGGGAGACCCAGGUCUCCCUGGCGCUGGGGGACCAGAGCUUGAAUCCCGAGGUCACCCGCGAGGGGGACGCGCUUACGGCCACGGCCACGGCCCGCGUGGAAGAGGAGGGCGCCUGGCAGCUGCUCUGCAACGUGACCCUGGGAGGGGAGAGCCGCGAGACGCGGGAGAACUUGACCGUCUACAGCUUCCCGGCGCCCCUCCUGACAGUGAGUGAGCCCAGCGCCCCAGAAGGGACAGCGGUGACAGUGACCUGUGCAGCCGGCGCCCAAGUCCUGGUCUCACUGGACGGGACUCCAGCCGCGACUCUGGGGCAGCCCGCCCAGCUUCACCUAAACGCCACCGAGGACGACGAUCGGCGUGGCUUUUUCUGCGACGCCGCGCUCGAGGUGGACGGGGAGACCCUGCGCAAGAACGCAAGCGCGGAGCUGCGCGUCCUCUACGCCCCCAGGCUGGACGAUUCGGACUGUCCCAGGAGCUGGACGUGGCCAGAGGGCCCGGAGCAGACGCUGAACUGCGAGGCCCGCGGAAACCCAGAGCCCUCGGUGCACUGCGCCCGGCCCGACGGCGGGGCCGUGCUGGCGCUGGGCCUGCUGGGUCCCGUCACUCGCGCACUCGCCGGCACCUACCGCUGCACGGCAGCCAACGACCAGGGCGAAGCGGUCAAGGACGUGACGCUGACCGUGGAGUAUGCGCCAGCGCUGGACAGCGUGGGCUGCCCAGACCGCAUUACAUGGCUGGAGGGAACAGAGGCGUCGCUGAGUUGUGUGGCUCACGGGGUCCCGCCCCCCACGGUGAGCUGUGCGCGCUUCGGGGACAGCAGGGCCGUCGAGGGGCUGCUGCGCGUGGCCCGGGAGCACGCGGGCACCUACCGCUGCGAAGCCACCAACGCCCGCGGCUCUGUGGCCAAAAAUGUGGCCGUCACGGUGGAAUAUGGCCCCAGUUUUGAGGAGCUGAGUUGUCCCAGCAAUUGGACGUGGGUGGAAGGGUCAGAGCGGCUGUUUUCCUGUGAGGUCGACGGCAAGCCAGAGCCAAGGGUGGAGUGCGUGGGCUCCGGGGGCGCCAGUGAGGGGGUACUGCUGCCGCUGGCACCCCCAAACCCCGGACCCAGAGUCCCCGGCGUGCCUAGUGACCUGGCGCCGGGUAUCUAUGUCUGCAACGCCACCAACCGCCACGGCUCCUUGGUCAAGACUGUGGCCGUGAGCGCGGAGUCGCCGCCAGAGAUGGAUGAGGCCACCUGCCCGAGUCACCAGACGUGGCUGGAAGGGGCUGAGGUGGCGGCGCUGGCCUGUGCCGCCCGGGGUCGCCCCUCCCCACGGGUGCUCUGUUCUCGGGAGGGCGAACCCGAGCCCGAGCGGCAGCGCGUGUCCCGAGACGACGCGGGCACCUAUCGCUGCGUGGCCACUAACGUGCAUGGCACGGACGCCCGGACGGUCACCGUGGGCGUGGAAUACCGGCCGGUGGUGGCAGAGCUGGCGGCCUCGCCUCCGGGAGGCGUGCGGCCCGGCGGGAACUUCACGCUGACCUGCCGCGCCGAGGCGUGGCCCCCCGCCCAGAUCAGCUGGCGCGCGCCCCCGGGGGCCCCCAACAUCGGCCUGUCCAGCAACAACAGCACGCUGAGCGUGGCCGGCGCCCUGGGCAGCCACGGCGGCGAGUACGAGUGCGCGGCCACCAACGCGCACGGGCGCCACGCGCGGCGCAUCACGGUGCGCGUGGCGGGUCCGUGGCUGUGGGCCGCCGUGGGCGGCGCGGCGGGGGGCGCAGCGCUGCUGGCGGCGGGGGUCGGCCUGGCCUUCUACGUGCAGUCCACGGCCUGCAAGAAGGGCGAGUACAACGUGCAGGAGGCCGAGAGCUCGGGCGAGGCCGUGUGCCUCAAUGGCGCGGGCGGGGGCCCCGACGGCGGGCCCGAGGCGGCGGCGAGCGCGGCCGAGGCGCCGUCGGGGGACGAGGUCUUCUCCAUCCAGCUGACGGCGGCGUGAGCCCGCGCCCCUUCCCCGCCGGCCCGGGGACGCCCGCCGCACCCCCGCCGCACACGGGGGCCUGGUGAUUGUUCUAUUUAUUUAUUUACUCAUUUAUUUAUUCAGUGCCAGGGCCGUCGGCCUCCCCUCUCCGAUUUUGUACCCCCUGCCUAAUAAAGUUUUUAUA